GGGUUAGAUUGACAUGAGUAUGACACGAUCAUAUCAUGAACUGUGCAGCCUUCUCUCCCGAAUCAGACUGUGGUUUACGCAGUGCCGGGGGUGCUGGCAUGUUGGGAGACGAAAUGGGGAUCUCUAUGUAACAUCAUUACAUGACGUCAAGGUCCAUCACCCAGACUGGCAAGGCGUAGCCGCCAUUCUCUCAGAGUCAAAUUACCAACGCGUUCGCGUCGCACACGUGUGCGGAUCGUACUCAACAGGUGCCGUCGUCUCCCUUACGCCCUUGGCCUACCUCUGUUAACGCGAUUAAGUCAAAUUGCUUUUAUCCGAAAAUCCGAGAUGAUCUCAGCCGGGAUCAACCGCGUGCUCAUAUAAGUAGCAGGCAUCGGUCCCUAGGAAAAUUGCACGAAAUACAGGACAGUCUCACACGCUAGCUUGUAUGUCUGUAGCGAAGUGGUCGAAAAUUCAGUCCAUUUAAACAUACGAAUUCCCCCCAGUUGAAUAGCCCACCCCACACCCCAGACGCGCUAUUGGAUCAUGGCUUGCAAUCGGAACCUCCCACCCAGACCCGUCUCUGGGCUCGGAAAUACCCCAUUUCAAGUUUGUAUUUGCUUCAUUCAAUUACAAGGAAUUCUGGCAUCACGCGAUC